CCGCCCAGGUCAGAACUUGCCUGCCCAGCCAAGGCUUUCAAGGCAGAGUUCCCUCUAGGUUGGAUGUUCCCAGGUGAAGUUUCCCUACUUCAAGUGGGAGCCUGUCUCUGGAGGUGAGAGCUUGGACCCUAGAGUCUUGGUGGGUCCUGAAGCUGGAGGGCAGUAUUGCUUACAGACCUCAGGUUUGCUAGGUCUUAUCUCUCAGCCAGCAAGGUUGGGCUCCUGGUAGAAAAGCUGGAAACAGGACUGGACGGCUCAGGGAAGGAAGGAAUUGGCUCAAGGAAGGAAGCCAAGGGGCUGAGAGGUAGGGGCUAGGAGUCACAGUCAGUCCGGACCUGGACCCAGACCUAGACUUGGACUUGAAGUGGUACUCAGGGUUGGGCAGCCACACCUGAGCUGGAUGAGUAGGUCAAGCUCAUCCCUCUUUCCCUUCCGGAGAGACUUUGGCCCAGAAAGAGUCUUCCAGCAGCCAAGGUUCAGAUACUGCCUUUGUCUGGGUGUGAGCACGGGGCCCUCAGAAACCAGCAGGGUUGGAUCUACCCUUGAUCUUUGAGCCCAGAAAACUCAGACCACGGGACACAGCAGACGCAGGCUCUCCUGUCUGCAACCCAAGAAAUGGAGCUGGAAAGGAGAGACUACCAUGUGGAAAGGCCAUUGCUGAACCAAGAGCAGCUAGAGGAUCUGGGGCACUGGGGUCCAGUGUCGAAGACCCACCCGUGGCGAACUUGGUUUCGAUGCUCCCGUGCUCGGGCCAAAUCUCUUCUGAUCCAGCAUGUUCCGGUCUUGGGCUGGUUACCCCGAUAUCCUGUGCGUGAGUGGCUCUUGGGUGACCUGUUAUCCGGCCUGAGUGUGGCCAUCAUGCAGCUUCCACAGGGCUUGGCCUAUGCCCUCCUGGCGGGAUUGCCUCCUAUGUUUGGCCUGUACAGUUCUUUCUACCCUGUCUUCGUCUACUUCCUGUUUGGUACCUCUAGACACAUCUCUGUGGGGACCUUUGCUGUCAUGUCUGUGAUGGUGGGCGGCGUGACAGAAUCUCUGACAGCAGAUGAGGCCUUCGUGCAAAGCUUGAACACCACAGUCGAUGGUGCCCGUGUGCAGGUGGCCUACACGCUCAGCUUCCUGGUUGGCCUUUUCCAGGUGGGGCUGGGCCUGGUACACUUCGGUUUUGUGGUCACCUACCUGUCAGAGCCUUUGGUCCGCAGCUAUACCACGGCUGCCUCUGUGCAAGUCCUCGUCUCCCAGCUCAAGUAUGUGUUUGGCAUCAAACUCAACAGUCACUCUGGGCCACUGUCCGUUAUCUAUACAGUGCUGGAGGUCUGUGCCCAGCUGCCUAAGACUGUGCCUGGCACCGUGGUCACAGCAAUCGUGGCAGGAGUGGUGUUGGUGCUGGUUAAACUGCUGAAUGAAAAACUGCGCCGACGUCUGCCCUUGCCCAUUCCUGGGGAACUACUCACGCUAAUUGGGGCCACCGCUAUUUCCUACGGUGUGAAGCUGAAUGACAGAUUCAAGGUGGAUGUGGUGGGCAACAUCACCACAGGGCUGAUACCCCCAGUGGCACCCAAGACGGAGCUGUUUGCAACGCUUGUGGGAAACGCCUUCGCCAUUGCCGUGGUGGGCUUCGCCAUUGCCAUCUCACUGGGGAAGAUCUUUGCCCUGAGGCAUGGCUACCGUGUGGACAGCAACCAGGAGCUGGUAGCCCUUGGCCUCAGUAACCUCAUCGGAGGCUUCUUCCAGUGCUUUCCUGUGAGCUGCUCCAUGUCUCGGAGCUUGGUACAGGAGAGCACGGGAGGCAACACGCAGAUUGCUGGAGCCGUAUCUUCCCUCUUUAUACUCCUAAUUAUUGUCAAACUUGGGGAACUCUUCCGAGACCUGCCCAAGGCCGUCCUGGCAGCUGUUAUCAUUGUGAACCUCAAGGGUAUGAUGAAGCAGUUCUCUGACAUCUGCUCUCUCUGGAAGGCAAAUCGAGUGGACCUGCUAAUCUGGCUGGUGACCUUUGUGGCCACGAUCCUGCUGAACCUGGACAUCGGCCUGGCAGUCUCCAUAGUCUUCUCCUUGCUGCUCGUGGUGAUCCGAAUGCAGCUGCCCCAUUACUCCGUCCUGGGGCAGGUGCCAGAUACGGAUAUUUAUAGAGACGUGGCAGAAUACUCAGGGGCCAAGGAGGUCCCGGGUGUGAAAGUCUUCCGUUCCUCAGCCACCAUGUACUUCGCCAACGCUGAGCUCUACAGUGAUUCGCUGAAAAAGAAGUGUGGCGUGGACGUUGACCGCCUCAUCACCCAGAAAAAGAAACGAAUCAAGAAGCAGGAGAUGAAGAUAAAGCGAAUGAACAAAGCCAAGAAGUCCCAGAAACAGGCUGCUUCUUCCAAGAUCUCCUCAGUUUCUGUCAACGUCAACACCAACUUUGAAGACAUCAAAAGCAAUGAUGUUGAGGGCUCUGAGGCCAAGGUGCACCAAGGGGAGGAGUUGGAGGAUGUAGUCGCCAGCAAUCAAGAAGAUGCCAAGCCCCCAAUCAUGACCUCACUGAAGGCCCUGGGCCUGCCUCAGCCAGACUUCCAUAGCCUCAUCCUAGACUUGAGCACUGUCUCCUUUGUGGACACUGUGUGCAUCAAGAGCCUGAAAAACAUUUUCCGUGACUUCCGGGAGAUCGAAGUGGAAGUAUAUAUCGCAGCCUGUUACAGUCCUGUGGUCACCCAGCUUGAAGCUGGACACUUCUUUGAUGAGUCUAUCACUAAGCAGCACGUCUUUGCCUCUGUUCAUGACGCCGUGACCUUUGCCCUCCACCACCGGAAGUCUGGCCCUAAGAGCCCUGUUUUGGCCACCAAACUCUGACUUUGCUGCAGGAGACUGCCUACCUCUGGAGGUUGUGACAGGUCACCCUCAUGAACCCCCCUGCCUCUGAGCCACCUCCAGGUGCCACCUGGGACUCCAUUCCAUGUACCUGCACAUACAACUCAUGGGUGGAUGCCCUGGGACUCCAAGUUCAGUGCUAUAGGCCUGGGGCAGGGUAUUACAGUCAGGCUGGCCUUGGCUGGAAAAAGCUGAUGUGGGUUUACAGUUUUGGGAAUAAAUGUGUCAAUCCAA